AUGAUUGUUCUCUCAGGAGAAAAUGUUCUUCACAUGGCUAUCGUUAAUGAAGAUCCAGCGAUGGUCAAGUUCUUAGUGGACAACGGAGUUAACUAUCAUGAGCGUUGUAUCGGGAACUUUUUCUGCCCGGAAGAUCAAAAGGCUUCUAGAAUGGAUAGCCUGGAACACGAGACAGUGGACGUUGCUGUAAAGACCAACUAUGAAGGAUAUGUCUACUGGGGUGAAUACCCUCUUAGCUUCGCUGCAUGUCUGGAACAAGAGGAAUGCUACCGGCUGUUACUAGCGAAAGGAGCAGAUCCUAAUAGGCAAGAUACAAAUGGAAAUACAGUAACGCACAUUAUGGUGAUAUAUGAGAAGACUGAAAUGUUCAAUAUGGCUUACGAAUUAGGAGCUUCCAUUAACAUUGGGAACAGGCAAGGACUGACCCCGUUGACAUUAGCAGCUAAACUGGCCAGGAAAGAGAUUUUCAUCCACAUCUUGAAGAUCCAAAGAGAGAUCUACUGGCAGCUGGGGAGUAUAACAUGUGCAGCUUAUCCUCUUGAAGAGAUCGACACUAUUGAUAAUCAUACGGGGGAAAUAAAUAAAGUGUCAGCACUGAACCUCGUUGUUUAUGGGGAUAACAUUGCACAUUUAGAAAUGCUGGAAGGGUUAAUGGUUGAUCUAUUGAACGCCAAAUGGAACGGUUUUGUUAAAUUUCGAUUUUACCGGCAGUUUGCCACCUUUUUGGUCUACUUUACAAUCUCCAUCGUGAGUUUCGUUCUUCGACCAGGACCACUCGUCGUAAGUCAGAGAAGCCUUACACUUAACAGAACUCUACAGAGUGACAGCCAUUCUUUCAUCAAAGACAACACUACAAUUACAGGACCGGAUUAUUGUUAUCUAUUAAAUGCUGACACUGCUGUGGAAGUUCUUCGUUUAGUCCUAGAAGGGUUAACGGCAGGUGGUGCAUUUUUAUAUCUUAUCAACUCCGGAGUCGAGGCUCGUUUCCUUGGUUAUCAAACCUUCGUGCAAAACAUGAUGACAGUACCGUCGCGGGUUUUGUUUCUUAUCUCGUGCAUUCUUGUAAUUUUGAUGGUACCGUUAAGACUGGCGUGUUUUUGUCGUGCUGAGGAUAUCGUCGCUGUUUUCGUCAUGAUUAGCACUGCUCCGUAUUUUCUAUUCUUCUGCAGGGGAUUUAAGUUAGUUGGACCUUUCGUGGUUAUGAUCUACAAAAUGAUAAUGACAGACUUGCUACGAUUUGUAACGAUUUACUUGGUCUUUGUAAUGGGAUUUUCUCAAGCAUACUACGUCAUAUUCCUAACUCACAAUGGCGAAGGGAAUAACUUCUUCAAGAGUCCAGUAUCUAGCAUCAUGGCUAUGUUCGUCAUGUCUUUGUCGGAGUUUGGAGACAUGUAUGAGGCCUUUGAACAUACGGCUCAUCCUACUACCGCUAAAGUUCUGUUCAUCAUGUACAUGGCUCUAGUCACUAUUCUGUUGAUUAACAUGCUGAUUGCUAUGAUGGGGAAAACGUACCAGGACAUCGCCGAGAGAAGAAAUGAAUGGGUCAGACAGUGGGCCAGAAUUGUGUUAGUGGUAGAGAGAGGGGUGCCACCUUCUGAGUGUUUGAAGCAACUUCUCCGCUACUCUCAAGCCAUGGCCGACGGACGAAGAGCCCUCGUACUAAGGUUACAACAAAAUGAGGAAGAAAUGGAAGAGCUGAGAAAUCUGGGAGAACUAAAGGCCACCCAUCUCGAGAACAAACGACGUCGCGAAGAAGGAUCUAAUGUCCUCUCCCCUCGCAGCACCCCUUUUAAAGCACCCAGUACUAUAAGCCUGUGAAGUUGACCUUUCAUUAAUAAUUAUUAUUAUUACCGCACUUUCUGUGAGAUA